AUGGCUCCAAAACCCGCAGAGGACGCACCCGUCACUCAGGCUGCCAUCGUUGGCGUUCUGGCUUUCAUAACUGCGCAUCCAUACCUCAUCCUUCUUUCUUUACUGGUCUUCAGACCACUGUUCAAACGAUAUGCUUCACCGUUGCGACAGUAUCCUGGCCCAUUCAUCGCUUCUUGCACUCGUCUGUGGAAGGUCUGGAGUACGUGGACAGGCAAAACGGAGCAGCACCACAUCGCGCUCCAUAAGAGAUAUGGCCCAGUCGUUCGAAUUGCGCCCAAUGAACUGUCCUUCGCCAAUCCACAUGCAGCACUCGCGAUCUUUCAAGUCGGCAAAGGCUUUCACAAGACGGACUUUUAUGGCGUGUUCCCGCCUCCUGAGAACCCGGACAUCUUUACCGAAACCCGUGAAUCCGUUCACGGUGUAAAGAAGCGUUACGCCGCCACACCAUAUUCGAUGGCCACCAUGCAGCAGUCAACCAGCCGUAUCGAAGAGACCGAACGCUUGUUGAUUCGCAAGAUGGAUGACUUUGCAGACGGCUUCCAAGUUUGCGACCUUGGCGACUGGCUGCACUGGUUUGCCUUUGAUGUGCUCGGCGAGGUUGCAUUCUCGAAGAAAUUUGGCUUUCUCGAGGCCGGCAAAGAUGUUGAUGGAGCCAUAAAAACGAUCGAUGACUCGCAAUGGUACAAUGGCAUCGAUCCUGAGAACAAGGAGACCUACAAGGACCUCCUCAACAGCUUGAUCGAAGCACAAACCCAGAAUCCUGAUAAGCUUGGCGAGGGCGACGUUUUUGCUAUUGCGCAUGGCGCGAUUUUUGCUGGAUCCGACUCGACUGCAUCCACAAUGCAGUCUUUCUGCUGGAAUGUGCUCAACAAUCCCGACGUCUACAGGACGUUGAUGGACGAGAUCCUGGCGGCAGAUAUGUCCGAAAUGGUCCAGUACAACGAGGCGCAGAACCUGCCAUACUUUCAGGCGUGCUUAAAGGAAGCGAUGCGCCUACAGCCAGCCGUGGGGUUGAACAUUACUCGUAAAGUACCUGCUCAGGGGGCGGAGAUACAUGGCACGAAGCUGCCCGGUGGUGUAAAUGUCGCCGUCAAUGGAUGGGUGCUGCAUCGUGACCAAGAAGUGUUUGGUGUGGAUGCCGAAAUUUAUAAUCCUAGCAGGUGGCUCGUGGAGGAUAAGGAGAAGCUGAGGAAUAUGGACCGCUGCAUGUUCCAGUUCGGCGGUGGUUCCCAUGUCUGUAUCGGUAGACAUCUCGCACUGCUGGAGAUGAACAAGGUAUUGCCGCAGUUGCUCCGGAGAUACGAGCUCAGGCUCGUCAACCCAGGCAAGGUACUGGGACACCACUCAAGUUUCUUCGUGGUGCAGUGGGGCUUGAAGGUCUAUCUGAGCAAGCGGAAGGGCCAGGAUUGA